AUGAACGGACUCUCGUGUUCAGAUAUUUGUUGUCUCUUCUGCUGCCCUCCUUGUCCAUCUCGGAUCGUUUCAAAACUAGCUUUUAUGGCCCCAGAACCAACUUAUUCUAUCAUUGAAGACAGUAACGGAAGAUGUAAACUAAAUUUCAAUGAUAAUGCAGAUUGGCAGUAUUCAGAUCGUGAACAAGAAUGUAUCGAAGUAUUUCAUUGUCGUACUAAACGUGGAAAUGUAAUCGCUUGUAUGCUGGUCCGUUGCUCGCUAAGUAGCCGUAAUACUCUGUUGUUUAGCCACGGUAACGCCGUAGAUUUAGGACAAAUGGCAAGUUUCUAUAUCGGUCUGGGCACACGAUUAAAUUGUAAUAUUUUCUCCUAUGAUUAUUCCGGCUAUGGAGCUAGUACAGGCAGAGCUAGCGAAAAAAAUAUAUAUGCUGAUAUCGAUGCCGCUUGGUUAGCUUUACGUAAUCGUUAUGCAGUUACACCGGACAGCAUAAUCUUGUAUGGCCAAAGUAUUGGCACCGUUGCUACGAUUGACUUAGCAUCGAGAUAUGAAUGUGCUGGCGUUGUGCUACACUCUCCUCUCCUAUCUGGCGUACGGGUUGCUUUUCCAAACACUAAUAAAGAUAUUUGCUGCGAUCCCUUUCGGAGCAUUGAUAAAAUUCAUAAAGUUGUCUCUCCCGUAUUGGUCAUUCAUGGUACUGAAGAUGAAGUAGUAGAUAUUUCUCAUGGAAUAACAAUGUAUGAGAAAUGUCUACACGCAGUCGAGCCUUUAUGGGUGGAAGGAGCCGGUCAUAACGACGUGGAGUUAUACGGCCAAUAUCUAGAGAGAUUAAAAAAGUUCUUUAGUCAUGAAAUCAAUAGUAAAGACAAUAAAAAGAUAGUGACCUGA